AUGGGAAUUAGUAAAACAGAAGUUAACUUGAAGAGAUUGCUUGCAGCUGCUCCUCAGCAGCAAAACCAGGCAAAACUUGUACAUUAUGUUGCUACUUUGCGGGAACAACUAGAACAAUUGGCUGAAGAGAAGACACCGGACGGCUUGCCAAGGAUCUCAAAGACUACAUUGAACGAUUAUUCAGAGAAGAUUGAAGCCAUUGCCUCAAAAUUGGUUCACGUGUCUGACAUAGAAGUAUCUGAGAAGGACAUUGAAAGAAAUGUUAAAGAAAACCCUUCUGAAAUUGAGGAAAAAAAGCCAAUGUCACCUUCUGGAUUACGAAGAAGGGCUGUAGCUGCCUCAAGUACUGAAGAUAGAGCACAUGAGCCUGCUGAUACUGAUCACUUAUCAUCUGUUAAAUUGGAUGCUGCAGGACAUGCACAUAUUGAAAAGCACAGAAAGCUUCAAGACGAUUUGACAGAUGAGAUGGUGGUGUUGGCAAAACAACUCAAAGAGAGUAGUCUCAUGAUGAGCCAAUCUGUAAAAAACACCGAAAAGAUACUUGAUUCUACCGAGGAAGCCAUUGAACAUAGCUUGGCAAGCACAGGUCGUGUCAAUGUGAGAGCAAAUGCAAUAUACUCAGAGAGUUCCAAGACUUCUUGCUUAACAUGGUUUGUGAUGUUUGUGAUGAUGUUGGUAUUUGUCAUGGUUAUUCUUCUAAUCCGUGUCACAUAG